AGGAUUAUCUUGCAUGUAAUAUAAAUCUAAAUGGAUUUUUCAAGAGAUUUGAUAAGGUGGUCAACGAUAAGCGGAACAAAGAGUUAUAGGCUGAGUUUAAUGCUAGAGAGAAUUUGCCAACGAUUUUGUGUCGGACAUCACCUUUGUUGCAGCAAGCAAGUAAGGUCUAUACACCUUUGAUGUAUGAAAAUUUUUAGAUAAAAUGGGUGAAAACUUUAUCCCUGGUUAUCAAGGAAUGUAAUGAGAUGGGUCUCUUGCGGGAAUAUGUUGUUGGUUUAUUUGGUACAAAUGGUCCAGAGUACAAGGUCAUGGGUGGCCCAAGCAAUGAAGUGGUGAAUUGUACUUGUAAUCAUUUUGAGACCGUUGGGAUAUUAUGUUGCCAUGCGUUGAAGGUGCUUGAUCACUUGGACAUAAAGUUAAUUCCUAGUGCUUACAUUUUGAAGAGAUGGACACGUGAAGCAAGAGAUGAAAUACUCGAGAAGCAUGGUUUAGAUACUCAUGGGAAUGGUGACAUGGAUGUUAUUGAUAGAUAUAGAGAGGUGUGUCUCGAGUUUGUGAAGAUAGCAGUUAAGGGCUCACAAACUAUUCGGAGAUAUGAAUUUAUCAAGAAGAUGAUCUUGACCAUAAACAAAUCUCUCGAUGAAAUGCCACUUGGAGGUGAGUCUCAAAGAAAUUUGAUAGGCUUAAGUGAAGAUACAAGUCUUGUUGCAAAAUGUAUGGGCUUCAAGAAGAAAGAUGGAUGCAAAGGAGGAAAGCGACAUAAGAGCUGUCUAGAGAAGAAUAAAACAAAAAGAAAGAAUAAUCUACUCAGUAGGUUUGAGGCACCACGAGACUUCAAUAUGCCUUCCAUGAUAGCAUCGCUUGGUGACGGUUGUGGAUUUGUUGUCCGGAUUAAUGGUUUUCACUUUAUGAGAGGUAGAGUUUUUCAUAUUUACUGACACUCGGGACAUUUCAUUGUGGAUGUUUAGGCUUAUGAGCCUGGCUAUGCAACCCCACCAGCUCCCCCCGAACUUAAAAGAUGCAGCCCCACCUCAAGUUCAUCUAUUUC